GGUCCAUGCGCUUCCCCUGGCAGCGCCUCCGAACUGCUGGGAUUGGUCGACAGAAAAACAAAGAUACCUGUAACCCACCGCACUCCUAUCUGCUCCCUCCAUCCGGUGACCUUCUCGUCGGCUUCCUCGGCUCCGGUCACCGGCCGCAGGCGUCUCAGGGGCACUGGAGAAUAAUUAAGUGGGUGAAAACAGGGCCGUGCAAAAGGAUAAGUGUGCAUUAAUUUGAAUGGCUUCUUCAAAGCUUCAAGCCUUUUGGAACCAUCCUGCUGGCCCCAAAACCAUUCAUUUUUGGGCUCCAACAUUUAAAUGGGGUAUCAGCAUUGCAAAUAUUGCUGACUUUGCUAAGCCUCCUGAAAAGAUAUCCUAUCCUCAGCAAGUUGCUGUUGCCUGCACUGGAAUAAUCUGGUCACGCUACAGCAUGGUUAUCACACCGAGAAACUUGAACCUUUUCAGUGUUAAUGUUGCAAUGGCUGGUACAGGCUUGUACCAACUUUCCCGCAAGAUAAGGAAAGACUACUUUUCUGACGAGGAGGAGGCUGCUGCAUCGUUGGAAGGACAGUGACGACUGGAUAGAUCGAUUGCAUCCUGUGUCAAUUUCACUCUGGGUUCUGGGUGGACAUGUGUCGUUUUAUUCUCAGACAGGAGCCCGUUGUCAGUUUCCAUGUCAAAAGCUUGUUCGUUUCUCACUCUCUUAAUUGUACCCCAAGAACAGAGCAAUGUGAAAACUUUACACGAACAAGCGAAUAUUUUUUUAUACAAGUGUGCAAAAAGACCUGCAAGUACAUCCCUUCUA